UAACAACUAAUAACAAAGAUUAUAUGUCUGACCCUGAUUACAUAUUCAUAAACUUAAGAGUUCAAAAAUACAUUUGGAUAAAUUACACUUUUUAAACAUGCUGACAGUUGUAUUUAUUAGUCAACUACCACUGUAAAUGACUAGACAUGAAUUAGGCCUUCCUUUUUUUAACAAAGACAGGAAGGAUCACAGGAAACAAGCACAGAUCUAAGGAAGACAACCCCAGCAGACAUCUGUCUCAAUUGAUGGUUUAUAAAGGAGUCAGACAAGUGACCGUUUACACCAACAAUGUCAAGUGUUGCAGCGAAGCCGAGGACAGCUUUUGAUAUUCUGUGGAAGAAGAUUGGCGAUUUACUCCAUGAAGACACCAAAGAUUCAACUGGUUCUGAUGAUGUUCAGUUAACAGGAGAUGGAGAAGAAGGAAUUGGAACAGUGCAGAAUGUAGGAUCAUCCCAGAUUACCUUAGAUCCCAAUCUACAGUACCAGCUUAGAACCGAUACAGGUCAAGUGACAUACAGAGUUGUCCAGGUCACAGGUGAUGGAACAGAAUCAGCUCAGGUGGUGGCCACAAAUGCCUUCCAGCCAGGAGCUCAGGCAGUGAUACAGAGUCCAUUCAGCAAUGGUGGCAGCCCCACCCCUGACAACCAGGCCACAGAAACGAGGUUCACCUACUUCCCCACCACUGUGGUUACAAACGCGGACCAAGUGACAUCACAAGGAGAUGUAUCAGGUACCAGUGCUGCGCUGGGUCAGGUCACAGCUGCUGGAGGUGCAUGGGCAACUGGUGACACAGCAUUACAACAAGCAGGCCAGUUUUAUGUCAUGAUGUCCCCCCAAGAGGUUCUUCAGGGUCAGAGAAAUAUUGCUCCACGAACAGGAUUUACCCCCAAAGUGGAGGGGGUCAGGACUGGGAGAGACGACAGGCGAAGGGCCACACAUAAUGAAGUGGAGAGAAGAAGAAGGGAUAAGAUAAAUAACUGGAUUGUUCAACUGUCUAAGGUCAUUCCUGACUGUUCCCAGGAACAUACCAAACAAGGACAGAGCAAGGGUGGAAUUUUAUCAAAAGCCUGUGAUUACAUAACAGAAUUAAAGACUGCAAAUUUGAGAAUGAGUGAAUCUCUGAAGGAGACAGAGAGAUUGUCUGUGGACUUGGAAUUAUUACGACAACAGUGUGAAGAACUCAAGAGUGAGAACUCAAUUCUACGAGCUCAGUUACAGUCUCACGGUCUGAUCCCCGACAUUCCAGGCUCCAACUCCUAACUAGUGCUUCUCUUUUAUUUUAUAUGGAAUAUGAUCUACUGUGUCUUUGUAUAAGUCACUACACAUAAGGAGAAUCAUGGUAUCUCUGCCUUUCAGCCCAAUAUUGUUCAAGUAUAUUACAGUCAGUCUUUGUGAAUGGUCUUGCAUGUUUAUAUUACAUAUAAUUUUACGCAUAAAUCACAAGCUGUUGUCACAUGUAAUAUGUCAUAAGAUGGACCAUUACCUUUUUUUCUUUUUUUUUAAGUUUUUAUUUCUAAGAAAUCACUACUUUUUGAAACUAUUGCAUCAUUCAAGAUUAUCCAUUUUAUAAUGAAGAUGGAAGUACCAGGUCAUUUGUCUCACCCUCAUAGAUGAACUGUGAAAUUUUUCAAUUCAGCCAUUAAGUUAUACAGAAUAAUUGAAAUUUAUUAUCAGUUGAAGGUUUCUAAUUUUGUUUAAGCUAUUAUAAACAUGUAUUUCCGAGUUAAAAUAAUGGGCAACAUUUAACAGAUCAAUGUCUACAGGUACAACAUAUUGUUAAGUUUAUUUUAAUAUAUUAAAGUCCUGUGUAUGUAUAUAUUUGCCAAAACAUGCUUUUUAAAAUUCUAAAUCAUAUUUCCUCAAACUUUAUUUUAUGAAAAAUAAUAAUAGAUGUAAUGUUUUUAGUUUAAAUUCUAUACCAGUUAUGUUAAGAUUAUUUUAAAAGAUAACUUACACCAAAAGUCACAUUUAUAAUAUCAGAAGAUGAAGAAAUCCUUCAUCCUUAAGAUAAUAAAUAAAAGACAAAUAAUAAAAUUUGAAUGAAAUUUCACACCUAUAUGUAAAUUGUAAAUUCCUUAACUUGAGCUUUAGUUGGUUACCGUAAUAUUAAGUGAUGUACAGUAAUCAAACUUGUAGGCCUAUGGAAAGCAUAGGAGAUGACUACUACUUAUAUUUGAAAGAAACAAUGGCAUAAUAAGAGACAAUGGCAAGUUAACUUGUUCUUCUGGACAAGGUUCAUUAUUUAUCCACCUUUUAAAACAAAAAUCACACUUUUAUGCCAAUUUUAUUGGCAUUUUAUGUACAUUAGCCAUGACAAUCAAAGAUUUUCUUAGUAUUCUGAGCUGCAAAAGAUUUUCUGUAUAAAAUGAAUAAAUGAGGUUAAGAAUAUAAAAUCAUUGCUCCUGCAAAAAAUUAUCAUUAUACAUUUACAUUUUAUGAUUCAUUUGGUUUGUUGCUCUUAACUGAUAUUGAGUCUGCAAGACAUCUAUCAUGUUUUUUCAGUUCAUCAUCAUUCAACUGUCAGCGCUAGUGUAAAGUUUUUAUAGGUUUAUAGGAGGCCAAAACAUGAAAGCUCUAAUCCUUAUUUAUUUACUGUACAAAUUGUUGAAAUAAUAGAAUCAUUUUGAACUAUAUUCAAAGAUGAGCAGAUGUUUUAUUCUGAUCCUGUAGCAAGGCAAAAUGAAGUGUGCCACCAAGUAAUUGACAAAUUCAUAUCUAUCUCUACAUUUAAACAAAUGCACAUGACUCUAUGUAUGUACAUGUAUGUAAAUUACACAAAAACCCAGUAUUUUAAAACUGAAAAUAAUAAGCUAUCAAAUGAUAAGAAAAAUAAUGAUAAUCACUCAUGACACAAUUGUUUGUCAGAAAAAUUUGAAAGCACAUUAUCUUGAUUAUUAUAUGACAUGAUUUUGAGAUAUUGAUGGAUAUACUAUAUAAAAGGGUGGUUAUUGUAGUUGAAAAAUUAUUAAUUAGAACUUUUUGUUAAUAAUUCAGAAAUGAAUUUGCAUUUUAAUAUUUUAUCUUGAAGAAAAAAAAACCCAAACUUGAUAGAUUUACUGAAUACAUGUAAAAAAUUUAUUUUUCUUAAUAUGGUAAAGCCAAAUGUAUUACAAAAUGUACUGAAACUUUGAUUGCAAAAUGAGAGCUCUUGAUGUUGUGGAAAGAUAUGCUAGAGAUGAAACUGGUCUAGAUGUUAUUGUGUUUAUAUAAAAUGCAAAAUUAAAUCUUUUAUACAAAAUAAACAG